AUGUUGUACUCAUCGACGAUCUCAUAUGUCCCCGACAUCGGUAUAUAUCCCGUCACUGUGUCGUGCGCAGGGGCCGCGCGCUUCAUCGUCUUGAAGCGGAGUUGUCUGCCCGUGGCGCGGUCCAUUGCCCGCUUUGCCCAGGCAGCAUGGUAUGGGGCCAAAGAUGAGAAGUGGAAGCAGCUCAAAGAACAGCUUCUGUGCCACUUCCGCCCCAGCAAUGGCUUUCUGGACUGCUUGGAGGCCUCUUCUCAUCCACGGUGCAUGUUUGCACGGGGCCUGGUGGAAUGGGCCCUCAGCGUCCAUGCUGCGCACGUGGCUUUCGAUGGCGGCUUCGAGGAUUUUGUGGAGAUCAGUUACGAAGACUUGCUGCAGCACCCGGACCAGGUGCUGGACGCGUUGGAGGCAUCAAUCUUCGGUUCUGCUGCAGAGGGUGCUGCGGCUCGUGCCUGGGCACGAGAUGUGCUGCGAUCAGAUGUGCAAGAACCAGUGAAAGAGGCGGAGCAGGAGGUCUUGGACUUGCUCCAUGGCAGCGGCCUAGAAGGCCUCAUCGAGGUCCUCUCCGGUCGCUCGCCGGCCGUCACCGGAACUGGAACUCCGUGGCCGAAGCAGGUGGCUACCCUGAACUCCUCGGACCUGGCGUUGCCCGAAACGAUCAGCACCUGCCGCUUUGCGCAGCGCGUGGCCAACGUGCAGACCUUUGCACGAGUGAAUGAGCAGCAAGACCCCCAGCUCGUGAUCGCCAGCCUUCGGCAGGAGAAUGCACAGCUGAAAGCCGCCAUCGGUGGGCAGGGGGGCGAGGCCCUUUCGGAAGAAGAGCUGCGGAAGCAUUGCCAGAGCUUCUUGGAGGACGAGUCGUCGACCUCCUCCCCAUCCAUUUUCUCAGUUGCUUCUCUGAUGGAGGCCUUCGCGGCGUUCCGGAUGCUUCGCGAGUUGUGUUGGGAGAUGCUGCGCAGGCGCUUGGUUUCUAGAGCUACUUGGCAACGGCAGCCGGAAAAGGCGAAGCGGAGACAGGAGCGCCAGACGAGAAUGGAUUCUCCGAGCUCAAAGAGGCGCUGGCGGAUCGCGAGGCAGAAUGCCGCACCUUGCGCGCGGCGUUGGCAGCGCAGCCAGAGCGGCCGCCGCGGAGCAACCUGCGGGUCGGCGCUACGAAGGCCUCCAAGCCCGUCCAAUCGUACGUGUCCUGCGGCGUGCAAACGGCUGAGUUGA